GUUACUGCCUCUUGUCACAGAGAGAACAGUUCACUUAAAUGCAGCUGCAGUUCUUUUGUGUGAUACCUGUCAGAAUCAUUCCCAGUGCGAGGUUGGGUUUGUGACCAUGAUGUCAAGAUUGGUCUUUCUCCUUUUCUGUGGAUAUAUUGCACUAAACCUGGGAAAUGCUCAGAAAUUGCCAAGAGUGAAAAGGCAGAGUCUGAAAGUUCAGAUCAAUGCAACAGAUGACACCGUUUGCAUGAGGUAUCUUCGACCAAGUCAAAAUACCAGACUAGAAGGUUUUGUCCUGGGUUAUGGAAGCAACUUCUUUUCUAAUCAGUACAUUCCUUUACCUUCGGAAGGAAAAACCUACGUAACAGAACUUGAUGCAGAGCCACGGUAUUUGGUUUCUGUAAGACCAGCGCGUGUAUCAAAUAACAAGAAAUCCUGUUCAGGUCGGAACAAGACUCAAAAGCCUCUGCAGUUGGUAGUUGGCACUCUCACCCCAACCUCUGUGUUCCUGUCUUGGGGCAUCCUAGUCAACCCUCAACAUGACUGGACAGCAACAAGUAACUGUGCUAGUGACAGGUUCUAUACAGUUCGCUACAGAGAAAAGGAUAAAAACAAGAAAUGGGUUUUUCAGCUUUGCCCAGUUACAGAGACAGUGGUGGACAAUCUGAAGCCGAACACUCUUUAUGAAUUUGGAGUUAAAGACAACGUAGAUGAUAGUGUUUGGAGCAAGACUUUCAAUCAUAAGACAGUUCUGUCUAAUAAAAAAGUAAAUGGACAACUCCAGAAUAUGUACAAGUUGGUACCUAAUUCCCAAACACAGCUUACACUGCGUGAUAAUAAGAAGUUGGUCCCUGUCACAAUAAUCAAACAAGUUAUUCAAAAUCGGACGCAGUCAAAAACUUCAGAUAGUUCUUCUCUGCCAGGAGCAAUAUUAGUGCACCUUAUUGUUCCAGGCCUCAAUGAAACUCAGCAGAAACUUCCUCCUCUCCUGACAAUAGAUGACCUACAUCAAGCAUCCAGGAAAAAAUUGGCUAAGAAUGAAACUCGAAUAUGGCCUGCUGAAUCCAAAACACCAGAAGUUCAAGAAAUAUCCCCACAGUCCCUUCCAGCUCAGGUUGAGAAAAAACAUGGACCUGAAGAAUUUAAAUCAACGCCUAAACCUGAAACUCAAAACAUACUGGCUUCUAAUGAAAUACAGCCACUUCCUUCUGGAUCCAGAAUCUCUGAUGCUCCAAAAAGUCCGUUGACAGAACUUGCUACUCAGAGUCCAGCCUUGAAAUCUGUAUCUCUACCUUCUGCAGAAACCAGAGAGAUGGAAAUGGCUUUUGAGGAAACACAGCCUGUUUCUUCAGGAUCCAAAACAUGUGGUACCACAGAAGUGCAACCAACCAGAUCUGCUUCACAUGACUUUCUUCAUGUUACUUCUACUCCCCAAACUUUUACAGCUUCAGAAAUACCAGACACUGCUAGCGAUACUACUGAGUUGGAAAUACCCAUGCCCACAAUUGCUACAGAACCUCAGUUGUUAGAAACGGCACUGGGUGAAAGGAAACCUCUUCCUUCAAGAUCCACAACAUCUGGCAUGCCAGAAAUGCCACCAAUAUCAGCUGCAAGCCAGAGACCAGACCUGGAAUCUACCUUGUCUACUUCGCCGAGAACCACGAGGACUGUGAUGGCUACUCGAAGACCAAGGCUGAAGUCCACCACUCCUUCCUCUCUGGCAACCAAGCAAACUGUGAUGGCCUCACAUGACUUUCUUCAUGUAACUUCCACUCCCCAAAUAUCUACAUCAGCAAAAAUGUCAGAGCAAGAGACUGCUUUCAGUGGUAUUCAGCCUGUUCUUUCAAGCCCUGUGACACCUAGUAAAACUGAAAUAGCAGAUGCUGGACCAGCAACAAGUGAAUCCAUUCUGGAAUCUUUCACACCUAAAACUUUGCGUCCUUUUCAUUGGCCAAGCGUAACAUUAGCUCCAAAGGAAAUACCACUUAUUCCUUCUAAACUGAAACCAUCUGCUACCCCAGAAGUACAGCAUGUGAAACCUGCCCCUAAACCACCACUUUUGGAGCCUAAAACUUCUCAGACUGUUGAACAACCAAAAGUAACACUAGCUCCUAAAGAAGCAAAACUCACACAUUCUGCAUCUAAACCUAGACCAUCUACCAGACCCAAAAAGCCACGAACUAAACCUGCAGCAGCCAUUCUGGUGUCAGUCACUACUAGGAGCCCCUACACAUAUGAACGUCCAAAGACUGCAGAGGUCUUGGAACCUAUUACACGUAGAAUUGAACCACCAAGGUCAACGAUAGCUCCAAAGGAGACUCGACGUAUCCCUUCUAAACCUAAAACUUCACCUAAACCUCAUAUCCCACAAGCCAAAGAUGUUCCAAAAGAAACACCACGUGUUCCCUCCAAACCUAGAGCAUCACCAAGCUCAGAGGUGCCACAAACCAAACAUGUUCUGGAACCAAUUACAUUUAGAACUGAGAAACCAAAGUCAACAGUAGCUCCUAAAGAUACACGUCUUGGGCCUUCCAAACCUAAAACAUCACCCAGCCCACAUGUUCUUCCAACUAGAGCAAGUCCAAAAGAAAGUCGGCGAGUCUCUUCCAAGCCCAGAGCAUCACCAAGUCCAGAUGUACCACACACAAAACCUGUUUUGGCACCUACAACAUUUACAGUUGAACAACCAAAGACAGCAACAGCUCCUAAAGAACCACAACGUACUCCCUUUAAACCUAAAGCAACUCCCAUCCCAGAUGUUCCACACAGCAAGCCUGAAAUCAUUCCAACCUUCCAUGAACCAGAUACUACUAUGAUUCCUCAUAUUCCUGAAAGAACAAAGGCAACACUGGCUCCAACUGAAAAACAGUUCAUUCAUACCAAACCAAAAACAUCUGAAAAACCGAGAGUGACACACACCAAACCUGCAAUACAUCAGACAACUCCACAACCAAUUAUUACAAAAUCUUCUACUACCACUGAGCAUUCAAGGGCAACAAUGGCUCCAAGAGAAACACUGCUCAUUCCUUCCAAACCGAAAACAUCUGUUGGGCCAGAAGCACCACAGACUAAACCUGCUCCAAGGGCAACACACCUGGGAUCAAUUAACCUUAUAACAGUUCAUGUUGUUGAUGGGUCCAAAAUGACUUUGGUUCCCAAUGAAACGUACCAGAUUUCACCCAAGCCCAAAACUGCUCGAGCAACUGAAAUUCCAAGGUUCCAUACAGCACCUCAUAAAACACGUCUCACUUCUGCAAGACCAAAGCCAUCUGAUAAAUCACAGACCAGACCUGCUCUUAGUAAAACCACACUGGCACCAUCUAGAACAAAAGCACCUGUACUGCCAAAGUGGACUGUUGCAACAACAGAUGAUGUAUAUACACCUGAGGAUAUUGCCAGGCAAAUUGGUGUGGAUGUGGAAAAAACGUUGGAAUAUAGUGAUACCUGGGAAAAGCCAAUUUCUGUAACUACAUCACCUGGCCCUCAACAUCCUCCUGUACCUCCUGUCAAGCCUACACAAAUGCGAAAGAAACCUCUGCCUCCCAGCACCGUGACUGGUAAACCAGGGACUCCAGCUAAAUCUGCUGGACCAACAACACCUGUGAGAACAGGAACAUCAUAUAAAACACCAACAGCUUUUGCAACUCCAGAGUAUUAUGUUGAUGCAACUGUCUUCAGCUCAAGUCCUACAUCAGAAACAGAUUCUUCAGGCAAACCAAGGUACCAAGCCCCCCACGUCAAGUACAUGAAGAAAGAUGAUGAUGUACCUUGCUCUAUCACAAGCUCUCUUGAACAUUUUCCUCAAGAAGAAGGGGGCAGCAAGGAAGAACCUACUCGUCCUCCACAAAAUCCUCCAACGAACCUCACAGUGGUGACUGUUGAGGGCUGUCCAACUUUCGUCAUAUUGGACUGGGAAAAACCAGACAAUGACACUGUUACUGAGUAUGAGGUUGUGUCAACUGAAAAUGGAGCAAGUGAUGGUGAAAAGGAGAAAUCGAUUAUCACUACAAAUCAAACCCAUUCUACUGUGGAAAACCUAAAACCCGACACAAGUUAUGAAUUCCAUGUGAAACCUAGAAACCCUCUCGGUGAAGGUCCAAGCAGCAAUGUUGUGGCAUUCAAUACUGAAUCAGCGGACCCAAGAGUGAGCGAGCCAAUUUCAAUGGGAAAGGAUGCUAUCUGGACUGAAAUCCCAUUCAAUUCGGACACCUAUUCAGAAUGCAAAGGGAAACAAUACGUAAAGAGGACUUGGUAUAAGAAGUUUGUAGGUGUACAGCUGUGUAAUUCUUUGAGAUACAAGAUAUACCUCAGUGAUUCACUUACAGGAAAGUUUUAUAACAUAGGAGACCAGAGGGGCCAUGGAGAAGAUCACUGCCAAUUUGUAGACUCGUUCUUAGAUGGAAGGACAGGACAGCAAGAAGAUCUACCAGUCAAAGAUGGGUUUUUCAGGGCAGUUCGUCAGGAACCUGUCAAAUUUGGGAAAAUAGGCGGGGAGACUCACAUUAACUAUGUUCGCUGGUACGAGUGUGGAACAUCGAUACCUGGGAAAUGGUAGACACGCCCUGAACUUGGUGAAAAGGCCCAGCACUUCCCACCCUGUCCAACACAGGCUCAAAGAAGGAGAUGUUUAUGGUGUGCCUGGCACUUCAGGAAGUUUGCUGAUGUGCAAGGGUUUAUACAAGUCUAAUGCCAAUACUGCAUUCAUUGUGUAAUAGCGUAGGCUGCUUACUGUAGUUAUCCAGUUUUACAGAUUUGUUUUUAGAUUAAAAAAAAAUCCCAAACAGGCUGGGGACAUGGUGUAGGAUAAUGUAUAGGGAAGCUGGCUCCCUAUUCUUGAGGUGUGGUUUAUAUGGUAUUUUAAAAGAUAUGGUGUGUAUAUUAUUUAUCAGUGUUGUAAUAAAUAUUUGAGGCACAGUUCUGGCAGAGUUGGUUAUGGAAUGCAAUGUGCAGUACUUUUUAAAUAUUCACUUUGUCUAAUGUAAGUGCCGUAAGCUACCUGUCCACAUCCAUUGGUAAUGCCCUCCCAGUCAGAAAUUACAGAA